CACAUUGUUAAGAGAAGUUUCAUAUACACAUUGUUAAGAGAAGAUCAAAGCGGUCGAAAAUGGCGAGAACCAUGAGGAACAAAUCGGGUUUGGCCGUCCUGAACCGGUUUCUGAGCUCACCAAGUCUGGAUCUCCGUCGAACCACGACUACGACCAGGUCUCUGGAAACCCUAGCUUUCGAAGAGGUUCGAGCAUCUACUACUACUGAGAAACCCUACAAUUUCACUGCUUUUGUGCUGCACGGCCUCUUGGGGUCUGGCCGAAACUGGCGAUCCUUCUCUCGUUCCCUCUCUUCCUCUCUCUCUAAUGAGUGGAGGUUGGUUCUUGUGGAUUUGAGGAACCAUGGUAGAUCGGCUGAGAUAGAGAGUUUAUCCCCACCCCAUGACAUGGCCAAUGCUGCUAAAGAUGUGGCUGAUUUGGUGAAGUCUCAAGGUUGGGCUUGGCCUGAUGUUGUUCUAGGUCACUCUAUGGGUGGUAAGGUUGCCUUGCAAUUUGCUGAGAGUUGUGCUAGAGGUGAUUAUGGUCAAUCUGCUCAAUUGCCUAAACAGCUGUGGGUACUGGACUCGGGCCCUGGAAAAGUGAACACUGAAAACAGUGAUGGAGAAGUGGAGAAAGUUUUGCAGACCUUGCAGAGUCUACCUACAUCAGUCCCAUCACGAAAGUGGCUUGUGGACCACAUGAUUAAGCUUGGGUUCUCCAAAUCAUUGUCCGAAUGGAUAGGCAGCAACCUCAAAAAAUCAGGAGACCACGAGACAUGGGCUUUUAAUCUUGACGGUGCUGUCCAGAUGUUCAAUUCUUACCGGGAGACGGAUUAUUGGCCUUUGCUGGAACACCCACCAAAAGAGAUGGAGAUAGCUAUUGUGCAAGCUGAGAAGAGCGACAGAUGGGAUGCAGAUGUGAUUCAGAGGCUUGAAAGUCUUGCCGGUCGGAGCCUUGAUGAAUCUGAGGGGAAGUUUUCAGUGCAUGUUCUUCCCAACUCCGGCCAUUGGGUUCAUGUUGACAAUCCGAAGGGACUUUUAGAGAUUGUGGCUCCCAGAAUUGCUUCUAUUGCUUAAUUAAGUUCUGUUUUGGUUACUCGUUCAAAAAAAAAAAAAAUUCUGUUCUGGUUCUGAGGCGAUGAUUUAAAAAUGCUAUUUGUUUCAAGGUUUCGAUAUGCUUUUUUUUUUUUUUGAACACCAAAAAAAAGGGCACUUCAUAAGGGCAUUAUAGCAUUUGUGGGUCAUGUUUUUAGAGUAACCGUUGCCGACUAGAUUUAACUCAAUCUAUAAGAAGCGACCCACCACCGAGACACCACAGAAGAGGCCAAAUUUCGAUCAAAAUAUAAUACAGAGUCUCCGCAGAGAGAGCGUGCCCCUCAGGAUUCGAACCUGACUUACUCCGGUGGAAACCGAGCGCGUUGUAUUUUUAUUUAUUUAUUAUUAUUUUAAUAAAAUUGCUGGAUGUUCUGAUUGUGAUCA